AGGAGAAAAGGGUUUAAAAAGCUGGGCUUGGGAGUCUGUCAAACUUUCCUUCUCUGGCAGUUCCUGCAAGAAAAAGAUCAGCGAUGAGUUUGGACUCGGACGUUCUGUAAGUCGCAUUGCUCAGGCAUAUCUUCCAGACUCAGACAAAUAAAUCCAGGCCCAAUCAGAAUGAAGACUGUGAUCUUCUUCCUUUAUUUCAUGGGGUCAACAGUUGCCAUCCCGUCCUAUUCUUUAAUGUACAAGCUUGGAAUCCGAGGACUAAAAAAUUCAGAAAAGUCAAAUUUCAGGUUCCUGCAAGACCAUUCCCAGCCGACAGCUAUUCCCAGCCGGAUUCAACAUACUGAGAAGACGUGGACGGAGAAGCUAAACAAGACUUCCAAACUGAGGGAUGGAACACAGCUUCCAAAAACGACAGGCAGCUCUUCAGAAGGCCGGUUGGAGCCCAUCCAUAGCCAACUGCAGGGGCACAAUACUUCCUUGGGACAUCUCAGGGUAGAAAAUGCUGGCAUUGAGGACCUAAACCAUCAAGAGGAGCCUGUUAAGGCGUUGAGGGGUGAUGAGCUCCAAGAAGUACUUCAAGAAGUCAAUUCUGUUACCAGUUCAAAAGUAAACAUCAGGGAUCGCUUGAGAAACAGAAGUUGGGAAAGCGGCAAUGUUUUGAUUCAGCACAAGGGUCCAGCUAUGGCAUCGAGCAGCAUGGAAACCAGUGCUGGAGGUGACACGAGCCCCCGUCGCACUAAUCGUGGGCACUAUCAGGUUAAGAGAAGAGACAUAGUUGGCUAUUACCAAGACAAUCAGGAAGCUCCAGAUAUGGAAUUGCAUAAGGGAUGGGAAGAAGAUGGGUGGAAAUACAACAAAAAUGCUGUGGAGAUGUUUGCGAGAAGUAAAAUGAUGGAACAGAUUGUGAUGGAGGAGGAGGAGGAAGAGGAGGAGGAGGAGGAAGAAGAAGAUGGGGAUGAGACAAAAAUAUGGGGUGGGAUUAACUACCGUGACAGGAGACAAACGGCCCAGUUUAACAUGCCAGAAGAUCUCCGCACCGGUGACCACAAGGAGAGCAGAUAUGGUGACGCUCCAAGGCACACCAAUCAGCCCCUCCACCUAAGCACAAGACAGGACAAGGAUGAUGAACCACCAGAAGAGAAUAGUAAAAGCACUCCAGCAGAACUCCUUAAAGGAGAGCAGCUGAAUAAUUCGAGAAGGCUGAAUGAAAAUGACCCAGAUGCUGAAUGGCUGAGAGAGGGUGAUGAAGGCGGUUUCCAAAACAGUUACCAGAAUUCUAGCUACCACGAGGAAGCCGUGACAAGCGAAAGCCCACAAGAAGCUACUUAUUUGGCGGCCACUGAAACUGGGGGCCAAAUUCACAUGCCGGAUGAGUCGAAAAACGAUUUUCAGGCGGGCAGCGAGGAACAUGACGACUCCUAUAGACCUCAGCAGGAAGAGAUGUACCAAGAGGGUGAAAGGAUCCAAAGUAAUGGACAAGGAAGUAUAAACCAGGAGGAACAACAAGACGAGAGUCAAAGAGGUGGAAAUGUUGCUCCGAGUGGGACUAUGGACCCAAAAAUAGAUAUUCCCCUGGAGCCUGAUUAUAAUAAUGAUGGUGAGCUGGAUAGUUCUGAUGCCAAAGAGCAGAACGGGUCAGCAAGCCUUAAGCACGACAUUGUGAAGAUGGCUGAAUUAGAAAACAGUAUAAAAACGACAGGCAAGCCCCACCGUGAUGGGAAAUCAUAUGAAGGAAGUACGAAAGCCCCUGUUCCAGAUCCUUGUAGAGAUUUCUAUUGUAAGACUGGGAAGGUCUGCCAGGCAGACGAAGAGGGGAAACUCAGUUGCGUUUGCCAAGAUCCGGAGACUUGUCCUUCCACAAAAAGUUAUGUUUGCGGGACGGAUAAUAAGACAUAUGAGGACACGUGUCAGCUGUUCGGCACAAAGUGUAAUCUUGAAGGGACCAAAGUGGGACACCAGCUGCACCUGGAUUAUAUGGGAUCCUGCAAAUACAUUCCUCCUUGUACUGAUUAUGAAGUGGAACGGUUCCCUGUCCGGAUGAGAGACUGGCUAAAGAAUGUCCUCAUGCAGUUCUACAAACAGGAUCUAGACAAAGGUGGAUUUCUCACAGACAAGCAGAGGAACAAAGUGAAAAAAAUUUACUUAGAUGAAAAGCGGCUGCCGGCCGGCGAUCAUACCACUGAAAUUCUGCUGCGAGAUUUUAAGAAAAACUACCGCACAUACACAUACCCUGUUCACUGGCACUUCAACCGGCUGGAUCAGCAUCCCACUGACAGAAAGCUAACACACUCCGAGCUUGCUCCUUUGCGCGCUUCUCUUGUUCCCAUGGAGCACUGCGUAACUCGCUUCUUCCAAGGGUGUGACAACGACAAAGACAAGCAUAUCUCUUUGCAGGAAUGGUGCCGUUGCUUUGGAAUUAAAGAAGAAGACAUCGAUGAAAAUCUUCUGUUCUGAACGAGCUGAAGCACAGAGCAACACCCUGCCGCAGCAUUCAUGAAGGCACCGUCUGAUCAGGAUAGCAGUAGUUCAAACGUUAUUUUAGUUCAUGGAGGAACAGCACCAUCUUAAACAGAGUUUAAUGGAUUUAGAAGGGAGUAACUCUGUUUAGGAUAGUACUGCAAAUAUAUUAAAUGCAGGGGAUGGGGAAUAACAGUAGUAAAAUCAGAACAUUUCUGAAGUGUUAUCUAUAAAAAGAAAGUUGCUAUUCUGUUUUUUUUUCUUUAUGUUUGUCCAGGAAUCUAUUUGACAGAAUCUUGGCAUCUUCCAAAUCUAAAGCUUUCUUCACAAUGCAUGCACAUUGUAUGUGUUACUUGCUAACUGUGCGCUUAGUAUCUCACUGUUAAGUGUACCGGCUGCUUCCCUUGAAUGAGUAUAGUGGUGUUAAGAAAUGGCAUGGAAUGUUGCUUUGUGGUAUUUGAUCUCCAAUGAAUCAUUUGUGCAGACAAGUUAUUGAGCAGCAACCGUCCCUGGAUGAAUUUGUCCCAAGAAGAACCAUUUUCAUCAAACCAUUCUGGG